AUGCCAUUCAUCGACCGUGACCCCGUGGGAGGCGCACUUGGUGCAGAUGGGGAGGUGCUUCCCCCCAAGAAGCUGCGUGACGUGCCCACAGAGUGGAGAGGAAGAGGGGGGCGAGGUGGGGAGGUGGGCAAGGUGGGGAGCAAGGUGGGGAGCAAGGUGGGGAGCAAGGUGGGGAGCAAGGUGGGGAGCAAGGUGGGGAGCAAGGUGGGGAGCAAGGUGGGGAGCAAGGUGGGGAGCAAGGUGGGGAGCAAGGUGGGGAGCAAGGUGGGGAGCAAGGUGGGGAGCAAGGUGGGGAGCAAGGUGGGGAGCAAGGUGGGGAGCAAGGUGGGGAGCAAGGUGGGGAGCAAGGUGGGGAGCAAGGUGGGGAGCAAGGUGGGGAGCAAGGUGGGGAGCAAGGUGGGGAGCAAGGUGGGGAGCAAGGUGGGGAGCAAGGUGGGGAGCAAGGUGGGGAGCAAGGUGGGGAGCAAGGUGGGGAGCAAGGUGGGGAGCAAGGUGGGGAGCAAGGUGGGGAGCAAGGUGGGGAGCAAGGUGGGGAGCAAGGUGGGGAGCAAGGUGGGGAGCAAGGUGGGGAGCAAGGUGGGGAGCAAGGUGGGGAGCAAGGUGGGGAGCAAGGUGGGGAGCAAGGUGGGGAGCAAGGUGGGGAGCAAGGUGGGGAGCAAGGUGGGGAGCAAGGUGGGGAGCAAGGUGGGGAGCAAGGUGGGGAGCAAGGUGGGGAGCAAGGUGGGGAGCAAGGUGGGGAGCAAGGUGGGGAGCAAGGUGGGGAGCAAGGUGGGGAGCAAGGUGGGGAGCAAGGUGGGGAGCAAGGUGGGGAGCAAGGUGGGGAGCAAGGUGGGGAGCAAGGUGGGGAGCAAGGUGGGGAGCAAGGUGGGGAGCAAGGUGGGGAGCAAGGUGGGGAGCAAGGUGGGGAGCAAGGUGGGGAGCAAGGUGGGGAGCAAGGUGGGGAGCAAGGUGGGGAGCAAGGUGGGGAGCAAGGUGGGGAGCAAGGUGGGGAGCAAGGUGGGGAGCAAGGUGGGGAGCAAGGUGGGGAGCAAGGUGGGGAGCAAGGUGGGGAGCAAGGUGGGGAGCAAGGUGGGGAGCAAGGUGGGGAGCAAGGUGGGGAGCAAGGUGGGGAGCAAGGUGGGGAGCAAGGUGGGGAGCAAGGUGGGGAGCAAGGUGGGGAGCAAGGUGGGGAGCAAGGUGGGGAGCAAGGUGGGGAGCAAGGUGGGGAGCAAGGUGGGGAGCAAGGUGGGGAGCAAGGUGGGGAGCAAGGUGGGGAGCAAGGUGGGGAGCAAGGUGGGGAGCAAGGUGGGGAGCAAGGUGGGGAGCAAGGUGGGGAGCAAGGUGGGGAGCAAGGUGGGGAGCAAGGUGGGGAGCAAGGUGGGGAGCAAGGUGGGGAGCAAGGUGGGGAGCAAGGUGGGGAGCAAGGUGGGGAGCAAGGUGGGGAGCAAGGUGGGGAGCAAGGUGGGGAGCAAGGUGGGGAGCAAGGUGGGGAGCAAGGUGGGGAAGCAAGGUGGGGAGCAAGGUGGGGAGCAAGGUGGGGAGCAAGGUGGGGAGCAAGGUGGGGAGCCAGGUGGGGAGCAAGGUGGGGAGCAAGGUGGGGAGCAAGGUGGGGAGCAAGGUGGGGAGCAAGGUGGGGAGCAAGGUGGGGAGCAAGGUGGGGAGCAAGGUGGGGAGCAAGGUGGGGAGCAAGGUGGGGAGCAAGGUGGGGAGCAAGGUGGGGAGCAAGGUGGGGAGCAAGGUGGGGAGCAAGGUGGGGAGCAAGGUGGGGAGCAAGGUGGGGAGCAAGGUGGGGAGCAAGGUGGGGAGCAAGGUGGGGAGCAAGGUGGGGAGCAAGGUGGGGAGCAAGGUGGGGAGCAAGGUGGGGAGCAAGGUGGGGAGCAAGGUGGGGAGCAAGGUGGGGAGCAAGGUGGGGAGCAAGGUGGGGAGCAAGGUGGGGAGCAAGGUGGGGAGCAAGGUGGGGAGCAAGGUGGGGAGCAAGGUGGGGAGCAAGGUGGGGAGCAAGGUGGGGAGCAAGGUGGGGAGCAAGGUGGGGAGCAAGGUGGGGAGCAAGGUGGGGAGCAAGGUGGGGAGCAAGGUGGGGAGCAAGGUGGGGAGCAAGGUGGGGAGCAAGGUGGGGAGCAAGGUGGGGAGCAAGGUGGGGAGCAAGGUGGGGAGCAAGGUGGGGAGCAAGGUGGGGAGCAAGGUGGGGAGCAAGGUGGGGAGGCAAGGUGGGGAGCAAGGUGGGGAGCAAGGUGGGGAGCAAGGUGGGGAGCAAGGUGGGGAGCAAGGUGGGGAGCAAGGUGGGGAGCAAGGUGGGGAGCAAGGUGGGGAGCAAGGUGGGGAGCAAGGUGGGGAGCAAGGUGGGGAGCAAGGUGGGAGGUGAGCAAGGUGGGGAGCAAGGUGGGGAGCAAGGUGGGGAGCAAGGUGGGAGCAAGGUGGGGAGCAAGGUGGGGAGCAAGGUGGGGAGCAAGGUGGGGGCAAGGUGGGAGCAAGGUGGGGAGCAAGGUGGGGAGCAAGGUGGGGAGCAAGGUGGGGAGGCAAGGUGGGGAGCAAGGUGGGGAGCAAGGUGGGGAGCAAGGUGGGGAGCAAGGUGGGGAGCAAGGUGGGGAGCAAGGUGGGGAGCAAGGUGGGGAGCAAGGUGGGGAGCAAGGUGGGGAGCAAGGUGGGGAGCAAGGUGGGGAGCAAGGUGGGGAGCAAGGUGGGGAGCAAGGUGGGGAGCAAGGUGGGGAGCAAGGUGGGGAGCAAGGUGGGGAGCAAGGUGGGGAGCAAGGUGGGGAGCAAGGUGGGGAGCAAGGUGGGGAGCAAGGUGGGGAGCAAGGUGGGGAGCAAGGUGGGGAGCAAGGUGGGGAGCAAGGUGGGGAGCAAGGUGGGGAGCAAGGUGGGGAGCAAGGUGGGGAGCAAGGUGGGGAGCAAGGUGGGGAGCAAGGUGGGGAGCAAGGUGGGGAGCAAGGUGGGGAGCAAGGUGGGGAGCAAGGUGGGGAGCAAGGUGGGGAGCAAGGUGGGGAGCAAGGUGGGGAGCAAGGUGGGGAGCAAGGUGGGGAGCAAGGUGGGGAGCAAGGUGGGGAGCAAGGUGGGGAGCAAGGUGGGGAGCAAGGUGGGGAGCAAGGUGGGGAGCAAGGUGGGGAGCAAGGUGGGGAGCAAGGUGGGGAGCAAGGUGGGGAGCAAGGUGGGGAGCAAGGUGGGGAGCAAGGUGGGGAGCAAGGUGGGGAGCAAGGUGGGGAGCAAGGUGGGGAGCAAGGUGGGGAGCAAGGUGGGGAGCAAGGUGGGGAGCAAGGUGGGGAGCAAGGUGGGGAGCAAGGUGGGGAGCAAGGUGGGGAGCAAGGUGGGGAGCAAGGUGGGGAGCAAGGUGGGGAGCAAGGUGGGGAGCAAGGUGGGGAGCAAGGUGGGAGCAAGGUGGGGAGCAAGGUGGGGAGCAAGGUGGGGAGCAAGGUGGGGAGCAAGGUGGGGAGCAAGGUGGGGAGCAAGGUGGGGAGCAAGGUGGGGAGCAAGGUGGGGAGCAAGGUGGGGAGCAAGGUGGGGAGCAAGGUGGGGAGCAAGGUGGGGAGCAAGGUGGGGAGCAAGGUGGGGAGCAAGGUGGGGAGCAAGGUGGGGAGCAAGGUGGGGAGCAAGGUGGGAGCAAGGUGGGGAGCAAGGUGGGAGCAAGGUGGGGAGCAAGGUGGGGAGCAAGGUGGGAGCAAGGUGGGGAGCAAGGUGGGGAGCAAGGUGGGGAGCAAGGUGGGGAGCAAGGUGGGGAGCAAGGUGGGGACGCAAGGUGGGGAGCAAGGUGGGAGCAAGGUGGGGAGCAAGGUGGGGAGCAAGGUGGGGAGCAAGGUGGGGGAGCAAGGUGGGGAGCAAGGUGGGGAGCAGGUGGGGAGCAAGGUGGGGAGCAAGGUGGGGAGCAAGGUGGGGAGCAGGUGGGAGCAAGGUGGGGAGCAAGGUGGGGAGCAAGGUGGGGAGCAAGGUGGGGAGCAAGGUGGGGAGCAAGGUGGGGAGCAAGGUGGGGAGCAAGGUGGGGAGCAAGGUGGGGAGCAAGGUGGGAGCAAGGUGGGGAGCAAGGUGGGAGCAAGGUGGGGAGCAAGGUGGGGAGCAAGGUGGGGAGCAGGUGGGGAGCAAGGUGGGGAGCAAGGUGGGGAGCAAGGUGGGGAGCAAGGUGGGGAGCAAGGUGGGGAGCAAGGUGGGGAGCAAGGUGGGGAGCAAGGUGGGGAGAAGGUGGGAGCAAGGUGGGGAGCAAGGUGGGGAGCAAGGUGGGAGCAAGGUGGGGAGCAAGGUGGGAGCAAGGUGGGGAGCAAGGUGGGAGCAAGGUGGGAGCAAGGUGGGGAGCAAGGUGGGGAGCAAGGUGGGAGCAAGGUGGGGAGCAAGGUGGGGAGCAAGGUGGGGAGCAGGUGGGGAGCAAGGUGGGGAGCAAGGUGGGGAGCAAGGUGGGGAGCAAGGUGGGGAGCAAGGUGGGGAGCAAGGUGGGAGCAAGGUGGGGAGCAAGGUGGGGGAGCAAGGUGGGGAGCAAGGUGGGGAGCAAGGUGGGGAGGCAAGGUGGGGAGCAAGGUGGGGAGCAAGGUGGGGAGCAAGGUGGGAGCAAGGUGGGGAGCAAGGGGGAGCAAGGUGGGGAGCAAGGUGGGGAGCAAGGUGGGGAGCAAGGUGGGGAGCAAGGUGGGGAGCAAGGUGGGGAGCAAGGUGGGGAGCAAGGUGGGGAGCAAGGUGGGGAGCAAGGUGGGGAGCAAGGUGGGGAGCAAGGUGGGGAGCAAGGUGGGGAGCAAGGUGGGGAGCAAGGUGGGAGCAAGGUGGGGAGCAAGGUGGGAGCAAGGUGGGGAGCAAGGUGGGGAGCAAGGUGGGGAGCAAGGUGGGGAGCAAGGUGGGGAGCAAGGUGGGGAGCAAGGUGGGGAGCAAGGUGGGGAGCAAGGUGGGAGCAAGGUGGGGAGCAAGGUGGGGAGCAAGGUGGGGAGCAAGGUGGGGAGCAAGGUGGGGAGCAAUGGUGGGGAGCAAGGUGGGGAGCAAGGUGGGGAGCAAGGUGGGGAGCAAGGUGGGGAGCAAGGUGGGGAGCAAGGUGGGGAGCAAGGUGGGGAGCAAGGUGGGGAGCAAGGUGGGGAGCAAGGUGGGGAGCAAGGUGGGGAGCAAGGUGUGGGAGCAAGGUGGGAGCAAGGUGGGGAGCAAGGUGGGGAGCAAGGUGGGGAGCAAGGUGGGGAGCAAGGUGGGGAGCAAGGUGGGGAGCAAGGUGGGGAGCAAGGUGGGGAGCAAGGUGGGGAGCAAGGUGGGGAGCAAGGGGGAGCAAGGUGGGGAGCAAGGUGGGAGCAAGGUGGGGAGCAAGGUGGGGAGCAAGGUGGGGAGCAAGGUGGGGAGCAAGGUGGGGAGCAAGGUGGGAGCAAGGUGGGGAGCAAGGUGGGGAGCAAGGUGGGGAGCAAGGUGGGGAGCAAGGUGGGGAGCAAGGUGGGGAGCAAGGUGGGGAGCAAGGUGGGGAGCAAGGUGGGGAGCAAGGUGGGGAGCAAGGUGGGGAGCAAGGUGGGGAGCAAGGUGGGGAGCAAGGUGGGGAGCAAGGUGGGGAGCAAGGUGGGGAGCAAGGUGGGGAGCAAGGUGGGGAGCAAGGUGGGGAGCAAGGUGGGGAGCAAGGUGGGGAGCAAGGUGGGGAGCAAGGUGGGGAGCAAGGUGGGGAGCAAGGUGGGGAGCAAGGUGGGGAGCAAGGUGGGGAGCAAGGUGGGGAGCAAGGUGGGGAGCAAGGUGGGGAGCAAGGUGGGGAGCAAGGUGGGGAGCAAGGUGGGGAGCAAGGUGGGGAGCAAGGUGGGGAGCAAGGUGGGGAGCAAGGUGGGGAGCAAGGUGGGGAGCAAGGUGGGGAGCAAGGUGGGGAGCAAGGUGGGGAGCAAGGUGGGGAGCAAGGUGGGGAGCAAGGUGGGGAGCAAGGUGGGGAGCAAGGUGGGGAGCAAGGUGGGGAGCAAGGUGGGGAGCAAGGUGGGGAGCAAGGUGGGGAGCAAGGUGGGGAGCAAGGUGGGGAGCAAGGUGGGGAGCAAGGUGGGGAGCAAGGUGGGGAGCAAGGUGGGGAGCAAGGUGGGGAGCAAGGUGGGGAGCAAGGUGGGGAGCAAGGUGGGGAGCAAGGUGGGGAGCAAGGUGGGGAGCAAGGUGGGGAGCAAGGUGGGGAGCAAGGUGGGGAGCAAGGUGGGGAGCAAGGUGGGGAGCAAGGUGGGGAGCAAGGUGGGGAGCAAGGUGGGGAGCAAGGUGGGGAGCAAGGUGGGGAGCAAGGUGGGGAGCAAGGUGGGGAGCAAGGUGGGGAGCAAGGUGGGGAGCAAGGUGGGGAGCAAGGUGGGGAGCAAGGUGGGGAGCAAGGUGGGGAGCAAGGUGGGGAGCAAGGUGGGGAGCAAGGUGGGGAGCAAGGUGGGGAGCAAGGUGGGGAGCAAGGUGGGGAGCAAGGUGGGGAGCAAGGUGGGGAGCAAGGUGGGGAGCAAGGUGGGGAGCAAGGUGGGGAGCAAGGUGGGGAGCAAGGUGGGGAGCAAGGUGGGGAGCAAGGUGGGGAGCAAGGUGGGGAGCAAGGUGGGGAGCAAGGUGGGGAGCAAGGUGGGGAGCAAGGUGGGGAGCAAGGUGGGGAGCAAGGUGGGGAGCAAGGUGGGGAGCAAGGUGGGGAGCAAGGUGGGGAGCAAGGUGGGGAGCAAGGUGGGGAGCAAGGUGGGAGCAAGGUGGGGAGCAAGGUGGGGAGCAAGGUGGGGAGCAAGGUGGGGAGCAAGGUGGGGAGCAAGGUGGGGAGCAAGGUGGGGAGCAAGGUGGGGAGCAAGGUGGGGAGCAAGGUGGGGAGCAAGGUGGGGAGCAAGGUGGGGAGCAAGGUGGGGAGCAAGGUGGGGAGCAAGGUGGGGAGCAAGGUGGGGAGCAAGGUGGGGAGCAAGGUGGGGAGCAAGGUGGGAGCAAGGUGGGGAGCAAGGUGGGGAGCAAGGUGGGGAGCAAGGUGGGGAGCAAGGUGGGGAGCAAGGUGGGGAGCAAGGUGGGGAGCAAGGUGGGGAGCAAGGUGGGGAGCAAGGUGGGGAGCAAGGUGGGGAGCAAGGUGGGGAGCAAGGUGGGGAGCAAGGUGGGGAGCAAGGUGGGGAGCAAGGUGGGGAGCAAGGUGGGGAGCAAGGUGGGGAGCAAGGUGGGGAGCAAGGUGGGGAGCAAGGUGGGGAGCAAGGUGGGGAGCAAGGUGGGGAGCAAGGUGGGGAGCAAGGUGGGGAGCAAGGUGGGGAGCAAGGUGGGGAGCAAGGUGGGAGCAAGGUGGGGAGCAAGGUGGGGAGCAAGGUGGGGAGCAAGGUGGGGAGCAAGGUGGGGAGCAAGGUGGGGAGCAAGGUGGGGAGCAAGGUGGGGAGCAAGGUGGGGAGCAAGGUGGGGAGCAAGGUGGGGAGCAAGGUGGGGAGCAAGGUGGGGAGCAAGGUGGGGAGCAAGGUGGGGAGCAAGGUGGGGAGCAAGGUGGGGAGCAAGGUGGGGAGCAAGGUGGGGAGCAAGGUGGGGAGCAAGGUGGGGAGCAAGGUGGGGAGCAAGGUGGGGAGCAAGGUGGGGAGCAAGGUGGGGAGCAAGGUGGGGAGCAAGGUGGGGAGCAAGGUGGGGAGCAAGGUGGGGAGCAAGGUGGGGAGCAAGGUGGGGAGCAAGGUGGGGAGCAAGGUGGGCCCAUGCAGGGCAUCCCCGUAA